GCUUCGCACUUCAGUUGCCUCGCGUACGUCGAACCGUGAACAUCUAUCCUGUCUCGGUCCUUCCAGUCGUCGGACACGUUGCGCGCUCGUCUCGUUUUAAAAUCGCGUUCCCUUGCUCCCGAAUAGUCGUGUGUCGCAAAUUCUCGACCCUUCUUUACCGACUGCGAGAACAGUGACGUAUUCGCGAGUGAAUUUUCGGAAAUGGUGUAAAGAUGUUCUAUGUGAGUGGUUCGGUGUUGAUAUUCGACGAAUGAUCGAGUCCCAUGACUCGCAGAAGAACUUUGCGAUCGUUGCUCUGUGGCAUGUGUUGACUUGAUGGUUUUCGAAGGCGUCGAGAUGCGGAACCCGGGGUUCCUUCUCGAAGACGCCCGACACGGAUACAUUCAGUACAUCAGCCUAAGCGAAUGUUAUUUCGCUGGCAAGGGCGCGGCCCUGGUUCUACCCCCGAACGAAAGGGCCAGGCCCUCGAGAAGGGUCUCCACGGCAGGAUGCGACAUUCAACAACACUUACAGUCCAUGUUCUACCUGCUCAGACCAGAGGAAACCCUCAAAAUGGCGGUGAAAUUGGAGUCGGUGCAUCCAGGAAGGACGAGAUACCUGGUCGUAGUGUCCUGCACCGGAAGGCAGGAUGCCGAGGAGAGCUGCCUUCUCGGUAUCGAUUGUCACGCUAGGGCGACCGUUGGUCUUGUACUUCGAGUUCUGGCCGACACUGCCAUUACUCUGGACGGCGACGGAGGCUUCAGCGUCAGCGUUUGCGGUCGGCAGCACAUCUUCAAGCCGGUAUCGGUGCAGGCGAUGUGGUCCGCGCUGCAGACGUUGCACAAGGUGUCCAGUAAGGCACGGGAGCAGAACUACUUCCUAGGUGGCCUGUCACAUGACUGGGUCAGCUACUAUGAGCAACGAAUCGAGAGCGAUCGCUCGUGUCUCAACGAGUGGCACGCUAUGGACAGUCUGGAAUCGCGGAGACCACCGUCGCCGGAUAGCGUGCGCACCAAGCCCAGAGAGAGGGACGAGACUGAACGCGUGAUCCGAUCGACACUGAAAGAGAUCAUGAUGUCGGUGGACCUCGACGAGGUAACCUCGAAAUACAUUCGAGGUCGUCUCGAGGAAGACCUCGACAUGGAUCUCGGGGAGUUCAAGCCGUUUAUCGAUCAGGAGAUGCUCACCAUUCUGGGUCAAAUGGACGCGCCGACGGAAAUAUUUGACCACGUUUACUUAGGAAGCGAGUGGAACGCCAGUAACUUAGAGGAGCUCCAGAAGAAUGGUGUGAGGCAUAUCCUGAACGUUACUCGGGAGAUCGACAACUUCUUCCCCGGGAUGUUCACGUACUUGAACGUCCGCGUAUACGACGACGAAAAGACGGACUUGCUGAAGCACUGGGACGAUACGUACAAGUACAUCACGAAGGCGAGGAAGGAAGGCUCGAAGGUGUUGGUGCACUGCAAGAUGGGGGUUUCCAGAUCCGCGUCAGUGGUGAUCGCGUAUGCAAUGAAAGCGUACAAUUGGGACUUCUCGCAGGCCUGGAAGCACGUGAAGGAGAAGCGUAACUGCAUCAAGCCUAAUAACAGCUUCCUGCUGCAGUUAGAGACGUAUCAGGGUAUCUUGGAUGCCAUGAAGAACAAAGAGAAACUUCAAAGGUCGAAGUCGGACACGAACUUGAAGUCUCCCACGUCGACGAAGGAUCAGACCAAGAAGGAAGAGAAGUCUGACAAUGUGGACAAUGGGUUGCAAGCUGUUUCAGGUUCGGAACUGAAGAAGAGCAGUCAGAGGCCGAAGAGUUGGUCGCCGAACGUGCAGAUCACUGAAACCAUGUUGCCUUCUGUUCCCCUUUCGCAAUCCCUCGAAAGCAUCGACAAAGCAGGGAGCACGGAAGUAACCAGGGAGGAUCUUCUUCGUUCCACCAGCCAGAAACCGGGAAUCGCUCAGGAAGCACGGAACGUGUUGAUGCCUUGUGGCAACGGGCAGUCAUAUAGCGUUUCGCAGAAUCAAAUCGUUCACCUACCAGGUCCUUCGCCGGAUGCACCCAGCGUGAAGAACAGGGUCAGCAAAUUGGAGACGCAGGGCCAGAGGAGGAAGGGUUUGGUGCUGAACCUGACGAAUCAGUUCGAAGCUGUGAGCAGCAAACCGUCUUCUCCGAGCUCGGACUCUGACAACAAACCGUUACCGCAAAGUCCCAUGUCGGAUGUGAACGAGAACGGUUUGGCACAGCAGACGGAAGUGAAGCAAGACGUUUGGGACCCUGGCGAAAAGCAAGCUAAGAAGACGGAAAGUGGUAACAAUAGUGAAUGUCUAGUCUGGACUGCAUCAUCAUCCGAUGCAACAUGUAGCAAUUCGUGUAGUAACGCUAAGACUAACGGGGAAGUGAGUGCGGAGAGUGAAUGUGUCGCGACGAUGACGGUGUACCCCGGCACUCUGGCGCGGAAAACGAAAAAGGACGGAGAUCCGUUCAGUACGCAGGUCGACCGAGUGUUUGAUCGCGAGGAGAGACAAGGGGAGCCGGUCACGAGGGACUCUCCGAGUCGACAAAGCUCCUGGAGCAGUUACGACAGUGCCGUGGUUCUAGAUAAUAAUUCGGUGCACAGCUCAUGGGCCACGUUACCCUCGAGGAAUAGUUCCUGGGGCUCGUACGACAUGCGACCUUCGGAUCUGCUCGGUUCCAGUGGUCUGUUCCCUUAUGACAAGGAAGAGAUACCUUGGCACCCGGGCACCGUGAAGCGCACCAAGCAGAAACUGGAGGAGAACACCACGUCGGGAACCGUAAAGCGUGUUUGCACCCAGAACUCCGAUGCCGAAGACAAGGACAGACUGCCUGUUGAAGAAGAUUCCUACAAUCCGGUACUCCUGCAUCACACGGCGUCUCCCACGCCGCGAAGGAGGGACUCCUCGCCUAGCCAAGAAAAUAACCUAAAAGUUGACCCCGUUAGAAACUCCCCGAGUCCCAUAAGAGGGAUCGACAUCUCGCCCGCGUCGGUUCGUCAGAUCGGAAGACUGUCCACUAGUGCCCCAGCGCCAUCCUCUUUAUCGUCGGACUCGGAUCUCCCCUCAUCCUUAAGGUCCUGCAGGUCGGAAAGUGAAACCUCGAGUCCGUGUGUAGUUAACACCACCCAGUGUUCCUCCGUGAAGCAUCACAAGAUGGUGCUGGAGAACCUCAGCAACAAGUCGAUAUUCAAUAAGCGUUGUCUGUCCGUGGACGACUCCCCGGAUGCCGAGUGUCCUCGGAGCACCUCCGGUAUCGUGAAGAACCUGAAGAAAGAGUUCGAGGCGAAAUCGACUAAGCUGGAGAAGAGUCCCGAGAGCAGUUUCGAAGGGGAGUCGUCGAUGGUCAGCCGACCGAAGAGGGACGUGAAGAUCAGGAGUUUACCUUCGUCGCCAGUGAUCCCUCACAAUGAAUCGAAGAUUCAGACCCCGUCCGAAACCAAAGAGAAGGAGAAGCCGAGCGAGAUACCGGUGUCCUCGCAGGACAGCUCGGAGGACCGGUCGGUCAGGGUCCUGGUCGGCAAGUACGAGGUGAAACCAGACUCUAGGAAGUCCUCGGAGAUCCAGCUGCGCGUACACAAGGACAAGGAUUGGGACCCGAUGGACACGCAGCAUUCGGCGAAGACCAAAGUUACACCCGAGUACAGUAGAAGGUCCGCGCCGAUCAUGAUCAACAACCAUUCGUCCCCUUUGUUCCCGGAGGGACCGGAAGCACCUGGCAGGCCACCAGUUCCCUCGUCCGGUGUCGUGGCAGCUAGCAAGAAGCAACAACAGCAUGGCAGGACGCAUCCUCUUGCCAGGCUGCAGGUCAGGCCUAGGCACAGCAGUCCAGUUUACAACACCAUGUAGGAGGGGAACGUGUUUUCUCCCUUUGUCGAAUCAGAGCGCGCGUACCUGAAUGCAUGGGUAUGUUGUUAUCGUGGCCACGAUGAAACCGUGUGAUCUCUAUUGAUGCCAACGAGUCGAGGAUCGUCCUCUUCGAGCUCGAUGACUAAUCGACGGGGGGACAGGAUUUAGAUUCGCUUCCCACCAUCUUCGAUGUACAAUUUUACUAUUUGCGAGAGUCCUGUGCUAAAAAACGAGUGACAAUAAGGCACGGCAUCGGAUACUUGUUGUCCAAAAUUGUUCCAAUGUGUUUCUUUACUGCCUUUUCAAUUCGUGUGUUUGCACACACACGACGCAAACAAAGACUUGUCGUGUUCACGUCGAACAGAUGAACCGGUGCCCUGCCUUGCUGUCCCGUUGCGUAUUUCGUAAGGCACGUGUAAAGUCGUUCAACGCGUUUUUAUGUUCCUUCUUCGUCAGACGUGUCUUGGCCUGCCCUUAGUUCAAUUAUUUUUUAAGCUGGAAAUGCAACAAUUAGAAAGACGCGGAAGAGAAAACCGUUACUCCUACGACGUGUCGUUUUAAACCUAACAAAAACAGCAAAAAUGGGCUUGGAAUCAAACGUGUGAUGUUCUGCGGAGACGUAGCCGCGGAAGUUGGGGCCAGUGUUUGCCUGUUUCGUCGGAACGAAGGGGCCCGGUCAGGCUGUGAACGAAAGGGGUCCGUGGCCCGUGCGCGACGUUGGCUCUCAACUUCCGUUUUCUUGUGAUCGCCGAGGCGCAAGCGACAGAUUGUAUGUAUACAUAAAAAAAAAAA